CUUCCAUACUGAACCUCUCUCAUUUCCGAUUCAGACAUUGGACAUCGGAUGAAGCUUUUAUCAACGACAAGGCAACGCACCAGCGACGGAGCGAUCUACAAAAAAACGUCGCUACCUAGUUUGAAAUACCGUUCGUUGUUUGCUAAUCGGCUCUGGAGAUUACUGUUUUUAUUACGCAGGUUGAAGAAAACCGAAAUUUCGGAUCGUUCUGGAGAUUCGACUAAUACAAUCAUUUCAUUGAUGUGGUAGUGGAUUGUAAAAAUAUUUCAUUCAAAUCUUUUCCUAUUUUUUCACAGAAGCGAAAAACGUCAGAUUGACUUAUAGCUGACAACUGUCAGCUCGUUUCUGUGGUUCAUUCACUUAAUUGCCAAGUGCAGAAAUGGUUGAGGAAAAGUUCAAGGUUUUGACAUUUAAUUGCUGGGCUGUGUUUUUUCCUUCUUCCACCGUAAGAAAAGAAGACAGACUGAAUGCUAUUGCGUUGCGGUUGUCACAAGGAGAUUUCGAUGUGAUACUCUUGCAGGAGAUUUGGCUUGAUGCGGAUUACGAUAAGCUUCAGUCGUUGCUGAGCGAAAAGUAUCCCUACUCGAAUUACUUCCACUGUAACUUAAUAGGUACUGGCAUGUGUAUAUUCUGCAAGUGGCCGAUAGAAUGCGUGUUUACACACCCUUUCACUGCUAAUGGAUAUCCACACCUGAUCCACCAGGCUGAUUAUUACUGUGGUAAAGGCAUUGGGCUUGCUCGAAUCACAACCAGAGGAGGGUUCAGGAUCAAUUUAUACGUUACGCAUCUAAUUGCUCGUUAUGAGUUGAAUCGUUCAAUGGAUAAAUAUAAUGGACAUAGAAUUUCCCAAUUAAUUGAGGUGAUGGAGUUUAUUCGAAUGACAUCGACUGGUUCAGAUGCUAUCAUUAUCAGUGGGGAUUUCAAUCUAGAAUCAGAUACUUUGGCAAUUGAAUUAUUUCGUACAUCAUUGAAACUAUCUGAUGCAUGGUUGAACAAUACUGUAGCCAAGAAAAAUCCAAACAUUACGGAACUGGAAUCUGAUGGAUGUACAUGUGAUCGAGCUGAUAACCCGUAUAGAAAUCAGUUAUGGACCAAUGAAUACGGGAAUGGAGAAAGAUUAGACUAUAUAUUUUAUCGCUCUGGUCCAUCAGUGAUUGACUCACUCUAUAUUCCAACUUACGCGAAACUUGUCUGUGAUUCGUGUUGGUUAGAUAUGCGUAAGGUGCCUGAUGAUCCGCAUGGUUUACAUUAUUCUGAUCAUGAAGGUGUAGCUGCUAGUUUCACUAUUACGCGACUGUCCAAUCCGACUAAACUUGAAGAGCAAAGCAUGUCAACAGAAGAGGUGAAUAAGUUACGUGAUCUACUAUCAGAUGCAGAUAAACAGUUAACUCGUGGAUUAAAUCAGUGUUUACAUGGUCGACUAUUGCAUUUAACAUGGGCAGGUGUAAUUGUCUUUCUGUUAUUCGUAUUAAUCAUUCUAAUUAAUCCAACUGGUUGGUUAACUUCACUAAUGAAGUGUUCACUAGAAGUAAUACUUGGUGCUGUACUAUUCUCCUUAAUAUGGGGUUCAAUAAUUGGUAGAACUAUAGAAAAAGCAGGAUUACAAAAUGCUAAACAAUGCAUAUCUACAUUAUUAUCCCGAUUAGAGUCUUCAGUUAAUGAUUUUACUUUAGUUAAAUGAAUUUAAAUCUUUCUUUAAAAAAUCCCAAUAAGUGGCCAGCAUAUAAAUGUAAACAAUGCAACGAUACAUUCCAAGCUACUGUGUCUUUUGUCUUUAGUUUCUCCAUAAAUUUAAUUUCCUCCUGAAUAUAUAUAUAUAUAUGUACUGCAAUAUUUAUUACAUUGUCUGUCAACAUAUUAUUUUGUAUCCGUUAUCAUGAUAAUUGGUAAUCACAACAGUUAUUUUUAAUCUCUUACGUAAUUUUUAUUUUCCUAGUUCAUUCUCCCGUUAUUAAUUAUCCUUGAAAUGCACAACCGCCUCUCGUUUCGUAUUGUAAUAAUCACACCGCGACUCAUUACAAUAAUCCGUUAUUUUUCAUUCUGUGUGUUAGGUACAAUUAUCAUCAUCAUAAUAAUAAUAACAGUAAUAAAAUAAUAAUAAUAAUAGUUUAUUCGAUUAUCUGUCUGUACUUACUUCGUCCAAUAUGUAUCUGAUCAGAAGUGAAUUCCAUCCAACUCUUUUGUUCUUUCGAUUCGCUUUGUGAUCAUGGUAAUCCUUUAAUACACAUCUUUUAGUACUGAA